CUGCUCCAUCUUCCAGCCCGCGAUUUGCCCACCCUCGCAGUGCCUGCCCUUGCAGACGCCGCUUUCCCCGCUACGAGACGAGCAACGGGACUUCCCCGCGGGGGCUGCCAUGCCCCGGGCGAGCCCCGGUGGCCGUGCACCCACCCUGACAGCCACUGCACAUCGGCGAGGGGAGCUGGGGGUCCUUGAGCCACUUGGGGGGCGCCGGGAGCUGCAGCGAGGCUGGGGGCUGCCCGCAGCGCUCACCAGCCCCGAGCCCACGCGUAUGCCCUGCUGAUUUCAGGAACAGAGCCCGUGGUGGGGGCACGGACACUGGGAAGGGGCCUGCUGAGGGGCGCUGGGGCAAAUUCUCCUUGGCACGGCAGUGGACACCGCCCCUCGAAGCUCCUCCGCCCCUGUUUGGCCUUGUUGCUCGGGGAAAGCUUCCAUGGGGAGUGAAAACCAAACGAUGGCCACCGACUUCAUCUUCCUGGGGUUCUCCAGCCUGGCGGAGCUGCAGAAGCUGCUCUUCGGGGUGUUUUUGCUUCUCUACCUGCUCACGCUGAGCAUGAACACUGCUAUAAUGACUGUCAUAAGGGUGGAGCGGAGCCUUCACACACCCAUGUACUUCUUCCUCUGCGUCCUGUCCUUUUCCGAGACCUGCUACACCCUCGUGAUCGUCCCCAAGAUGCUGGUGGACUUGGUGGCGGAGAGAAAAGCCAUUUCCUUCCUGGGCUGCGCCAUUCAAAUGUACUUCUUCCUUCUGCUGGGCUGCUCCCACUCCUUCCUCCUGGCGGCCAUGGGCUACGACCGCUGCGUCGCCGUCUGCCGCCCGCUGGCCUACAGCAGCAUCAUGACCCGGCGGCUCUGCGCGCAGCUGGUGGCCGCGUCGGCGCUCAGCGGGCUGCUGGUGGCCCAGCUGGUCACCCCCCUGGUGUUCUGCUCGCCGUUCCAGGCAAGCCGGCAGCUCGACCACUUCUUCUGCGACAUCUCCCCCGUCCUCCGGGUGGCCUUCAGGCACACCGACGCCGGCGAGGCCAUUAUCAUGGCGCUGGGCGUCUUCGCCCUGAUGGUCCCGCUGACGCUGAUCCUGGCUUCGUAUCUCUUCAUCCUCGCCGACGUCCUGCGCAUCCCCUCGGCCGCGGGGAGGCACAAAGCCUUCUCCACCUGCAGCGCCCACCUGGCCGUGGUGGUCGUGCACUACGCCUGCGCCUCCCUCAUCUACCUGAGGCCGGGCUCCAGCUCCUCGUCGGGCCAGGACGCGCUGAUCUCGGUCACUUACACCAUCCUCACCCCGCUGCUCAAUCCCAUGAUUUACACCCUGAGGAACAAGGAUGUCAAAGCGGCUCUCCGGAAAGCGAUCAGGAAAACACAGAUUUCUCCAGAAUGUUUUCCGGGAAAGAGGUCAAGGUGAGCCACUUCCCCAGCGGGUAUUUCCAGCCGGCAGCCUCCCCUUCCAAAAAGCAUCGCUCCUUUUCCGCGAGCCCUUUGGCUCCCAGCGGAGCUUCGGCAAAGCCAUGACGGCGAAGCACGGCUGCUAAGAAGGAUGAACAAAUUCCGGUCACAGUGAGAGUGGGAAAACCAACUUCAAUUUCUUUUUGAAUACAGAAACCCAAUUUCUUUUUGAAUACAGAAACCCAAUUUCUUUUUGAAGAUGGAAAUCCAAAUUUCCACCCCAGUUCCACCAAAGCUUCCAACUGUACAACCUGAGACAUUUAGUGAAGAAGAAUCAUAGGCGUCGAAAGAAUUUCAAGGGGAAACUCCAUUUUUUUUUCAGGAGAUCGCAAGCACAGGACCAUGUUCAUGGUGCGUAUCAAGCUCUGACUGCGUGAUAUUGCGGGGCCCAUCAAAGCCUGCAAGGAACCAAGCUCCUGCAAGGACUUGGCUACUUCGAAUCUCAUCGGCUUGCUUUUGCCAGGGGCUGAAUUAACGCACCCGGCCCACAGCCGCUGCGUUCACGUCCUGGGCUGCGUGAAGCUGACGACAAAAGCCUGUUCUUUCCUCCAAAACGAAGGCGUCUUCUCUCAAUCAACGGGAAAGCGGAAUCGGCAAAACAAGGAAGGGAAACUAUUCCAGGAGGAAAAGCCCCCGUGGAAGUGUUCUGUGAAAAUGGUCAUUUUUAAAACCUUUGAAAACCACGCUGCUGCUUUCACAGCUUUUGUCAUGUGCAGAUGCAGGGUUCCCUCCCUCUGCAGGGGGGAUUGCCCCGGCCCAGGAAGCAGCCUUUACUUUCUGGACAGAAUGAAACAGUCGAAGGCAACGACCAGGAAAACCCAAAAGGCUCCUGAAACUUUUAUUUCUAGGGCUUGUCACAGCAGCAGAAAGACAGCCACACUUUCUCCAAACCUUCAAGUCACGUCGCAAGCUGUCGGGCUCUAACAUGGCAGAACUCAGGUUAUUUCUCUGAGUUAUUUUCAUUUCAAGCACGUGCUAUUUAUUGUGGGGUAUGUGGGUCUAGAAUCCAGAGCAAUACUGCCCUGAGCCCACGCAGGGGGUGGGGAUGGAACAAAGAACGGGACCGGGGCACUGCAAUCCCCCAAAACCACAUGGGGACGUUUUGCAGCCCUUUAGAAAGGGCAGUGGGUAACUCGGGGACCAAGAGCAGUGAUGCGAGCCCCCAAGAGGUCAAAAAAGAAAGAAACAACAGGGAGGAAGAAGCCCACAGGGAUGGGAGAGGCUGCAGGAGCUGGGGCUGCUCGCUGUGGAGAGAAAGCCCCCCUCUGUGAGCUCCUCGUGUCCCUCACUCUGAUAUUUUACGU